UAGUGAGAGAAAAAUGGAGGAUUCAAAGAGCAGAGAAGUGGUGGAUCAGGCCGAAAGAAAAGGGUGUCAGAAGACAUAUUGUGUGACUGGUGCAACUGGCUAUGUGGGUUCUUGGUUGGUCAAGACUCUUCUUGAAAGUGGCUCCAUAGUUCAUGCCACAGUCCGUGAUCCUGUCAAGUGUUUGCACCUAUUAUCAAUGUGGACGGGGAGUGACCGGUUGAGAUUGUUCCGAGCCGAUUUGAAUGAAGAAGGGAGCUUCAAUGAGGCUGUGAAGGGCUGUGAUGGCGUAUUUCAUGUUGCGACUCCAAUGGAGUUUGGUGCUGCUGUGGAAGAGAAUAUUGAGAGUUAUGUUCAAUCACAUAUCAUUGACCCUGCAAUCAAUGGGACCCUUAAUCUCCUUAGAGCCUGCUUGGAAUCCAAAUCUGUGAAAAGAGUUGUUUUCACAUCUUCCAUUAGUACUAUCACUGCCAAAGACAGCAAUGGAGAAUGGAGACCAGUUGUUGAUGAAUCUUGUCAAACUCCUAUUGACCAUGUGUGGAAGACAAGAGCAAAUGGAUGGGUUUAUGCGCUCUCUAAGCUUCUUACAGAGGAAGCAGCAUUCAGAUUUGCAAUUGAUAAUGGUAUUGAUCUUGUAUCUGUAAUAACAUCUACUGUUGCUGGACCAUUCCUCACUUCUAAUGUUCCCUCAAGCAUCCAAGUUCUCUUGUCACUACUAACAGGUGACCCUGAGCUCUUUGGGAUCUUGUCUGCUGUAAAUGCAAGGAUGGGGUCUAUUGCUUUAGUCCACAUUGAAGAUAUAUGUAGGGCCCACUUGUUCUUAAUGGAGCAUGAUAAAGCAGAGGGCAGGUAUAUAUGCUGUGCUCAAAGUUGUCCAUUAUCUAAGUUGUUGAAUUAUCUGGCUCAAGAGUAUCCUAGCUCAAAUUUGCAAAGAUUUUUAGGGGAGGAUCUUAAUCAAGCACCUUCUGAGAUUUCUUCAAAGAAGCUAAGAGAUUUGGGUUUUGAGUACAAGCAUGGUGUACAAAAUAUCAUUCAUCAGACUGUCAUUGGUUGUCAAGGUUAUGGCUUUCUACCUCCAAUUGGAAGUUAGUGGUGGAAACCAGAAACCAUGUCUAUUUAAUUGAACAAGCUUUGUUUUCUUUUUUCUUUUUUUUUUUCUUAUAGGAAAAAAGUGUGGGCUGAUAAAACCGGCCAUAACUACUCUAUUUUGAGUGAUCAUACGAGAAUUCAUAAGUU